UCUUUCUCUCCCCGGCGACGCUCGCACCAGACACUGCUGUAUCCCUCUCGUUUUUUCCAGCCACGGAAAUCGGUGAACCGCGCGUUUAUCUGUACAUUUACCGCGGAUGUACGUGAACCCGGAACCAACUCACAAUUUAGACUAAACAAAAACCUCGCUAAGUGAAUCUAUUGGGUCUGCUGCUGUGCUUUCGGACCGAGCAGAUCCUUCCUCUGUGCGAUCAUUUCCUCCUAUUUGUAGAGGAAGGGUGUUAGUUUUCGAAGUGAAAUCUCAGAAGUUGGUUUACUUUCGGAACUCGUAACGUGUUGCUCUAGUUUAUCAUAUACUUAAUGUAGAGUUACUGAUAUCUGAAAGUGCCGCGAUCAAGCCCAUCACUGUGUAAUGUCACAGUUGUCAAAUUGGAGCCCAGAUGGGGAACAAAACAAAACAAAACCGUAGGCUAUAGCUCGCACUUCUACAGAUCCAUCCAGCACGCACAUUUAUGCCAAAUAACGCAUAGGGACAAAUCCAUCUCUCACGGAUUUCUCUUUCCAUCUCAACGGCAUAAUAUAGCCACUGAUUUAGUUUUUGUGUUAUGUUUUUCUAUGUCAAACUGUAGGCUAGGCUACUCACUGAAAGACCUUUUGCAAAACCCAGCUCUGACCGAAGCGGAAGAGGACAGUUUUUUUCUGUCUGAGAUACGGGACACUGGAUUUACCCGCUGGUGGAGACAGUGAUUGUGUGUUAGUGAGGUGAGCUGAGCAAAGGAAAUGAGCGCUCAUUGAGACCUUCUCCUGCCGUCUGACUACCCUCAGCAUCCGGUUUUGUGCAACAGAAGAAGUGGUCAACGGAUCAUGUCUCCACUGUUACGUGGAAACUAAUGCACUAAACCGGGUCCAGAAACCCGUCCUCUGACCCCAUACACUACUUCUACAUUACCCACGAUUCCUGUCUGCAAAAAAAGCAAGGACUUAGGUGUUGAAGCCCUUAGAUGACUUGGACAUCCUUGUUUUACUAUUGAACUGUUUCAGCACCACUAACCAGUUCUUAGUUUACAACAGUGAUCUUAGAGGGACUGUAGAGGCACUGAGAGACAGUCAUAGAGUAAAGAGAGAAAAACAAAGAACAACGAAAACAAAAUGGCCAACAACACGGCGGACCACCCUCCGGGGAACUCUGUUGCCGAUGGCAACCAAGAAGGGGACUUUGGCAUCACGGUGAUGGAUCUCCGGGACCUGAUGGAGCUGAGGAGCGGAGAGGCCGUCACCAAGAUAGCCGACUCCUACGGAGACGUGCAAGGGCUCUGCCGCAGGCUCAAGACAUCACCCAUCGAGGGUCUGUCUGGUAACCCAGUGGAUCUGGAGAAGCGCCACACAGCGUUUGGGAAGAACUUCAUCCCUCCUAAAAAGCCUAAGUCUUUCCUGGCGCUGGUGUGGGAAGCUCUACAGGAUGUUACUCUAAUCAUCCUGGAGAUUGCUGCCGUCAUCUCACUGGGCCUGUCCUUCUACCACCCUCCCGGGGGAGAUAGCGAACUGUGUGGUGAGACAGCAUCUGGAGUGGAGGAUGAGGGAGAGGCGCAGGCGGGUUGGAUCGAGGGCGCCGCCAUCUUGUUCUCUGUUGCAAUCGUUGUCUUGGUGACAGCGUUUAACGACUGGAGCAAGGAGAAGCAGUUCCGCGGGCUGCAGAGCCGCAUCGAACAGGAGCAGAAGUUCACCGUCAUCCGCAAAGGCCAGGUCAUCCAGAUCCCUGUGUCCGAACUAGUGACAGGAGACAUCGCCCAGAUCAAAUACGGUGAUCUGCUGCCAGCUGAUGGUAUCCUGAUCCAGGGCAACGACCUGAAGAUUGACGAAAGCUCUCUGACUGGUGAAUCAGACCAAGUCAGGAAGUCCCUCGAGAAAGACCCCAUGCUGCUGUCUGGCACCCAUGUGAUGGAGGGAUCAGGUAGAAUGGUGGUGUCUGCAGUGGGUCUCAACUCUCAGACUGGAAUCAUCUUCACUCUGCUGGGGGCGGGAGACAGCGACGAGGAAAAGAAGAUCAAGAAAGGUAAAAAACAAGGACCCCCCGAAAAUCGCAACAAAGCUAAGACCCAGGACGGCAUUGCCCUGGAGAUCCAGCCCCUGAAGAGUGAGGUUGAGUCCGAGGAGAAGGAGCCGGAGGUGGAGGUCAAACAGGUGAAGAGGGUUCAGAUCACCAAGAAGGAGAAGUCUGUGCUGCAGGGCAAACUCACCAAACUGGCUGUGCUAAUCGGGAAGGCAGGUCUGAUCAUGUCAGCAGUGACGGUGGUCAUUCUCAUCCUGUACUUCGUGAUUGACACGUUCGGGGUGCAGGGUCGCCCAUGGCUGAAGGAGUGUACCCCCAUCUACAUCCAGUACUUUGUCAAGUUCUUCAUCAUCGGAGUCACGGUGCUGGUGGUGGCUGUGCCUGAGGGGCUGCCUCUAGCCGUCACCAUCUCUCUGGCCUACUCUGUCAAGAAAAUGAUGAAAGACAAUAACCUGGUGCGUCACCUGGAUGCGUGUGAGACAAUGGGGAAUGCUACGACCAUCUGCUCCGACAAGACAGGCACCCUCACCAUGAACCGUAUGACCGUGGUGCAGGCCUACUUGGGAGACACACACUACAAGAAAGUACCGGAACCCGACGUCAUCAAACCAUCCACACUGGAAGUCCUGGUCAACAGCAUCGCCAUCAACUCAGCCUAUACUACUAAGAUCCUGUCUCCAGCGAAGGAGGGAGGUCUGCCCCGCCACGUUGGCAACAAGACAGAAUGCUCCCUAUUGGGCUUCGUGCUGGAACUGAAGAGGGACUACCAGCCAAUCAGGGACGAGAUUCCUGAGGAGAAGCUGUAUAAGGUGUACACCUUCAACUCCUCCCGUAAGAGCAUGAGCACAGUGCUGAAGAACACAGACGGUAGCGGCUUCCGCAUGUACAGCAAAGGAGCCUCCGAGAUCGUCCUACGCAAAUGUUCCCGUAUCCUGGACACGAACGGGGAGCCACGUAUCUUCAAGCCUAAGGACCGUGAUGAGAUGGUGAAGGUGGUGAUUGAGCCCAUGGCCUGUGACGGUCUAAGGACCAUCUGUGUGGCCUACAGGGACUUCCCUGCCGAGGCAGGAGAACCAAACUGGGACAACGAGGCCGAUAUCCUCAACGAGCUCACCUGCAUCUGUGUGGUCGGCAUUGAAGACCCUGUCAGACCUGAGGUACCUGAUGCUAUCCUCAAGUGCCAGAGGGCUGGCAUCACCGUCCGCAUGGUUACCGGGGACAACAUCAACACCGCCCGUGCCAUAGCAACCAAGUGUGGCAUCCUGUUGCCAGGCGAGGACUUCUUGUGUCUGGAGGGCAAAGAGUUCAACCAGCUGAUCCGUAAUGACCAGGGAGAGGUGGAGCAAGAGCGUCUGGACAAGGUGUGGCCCAAGCUGCGUGUGCUGGCUCGUUCCUCUCCUACUGACAAACACACUCUGGUCAAAGGUAUCAUGGACAGCACCGUCCUCGAGACACGACAGGUGGUGGCUGUGACAGGAGACGGAACUAACGAUGGCCCGGCCCUGAAGAAGGCUGAUGUUGGAUUUGCUAUGGGUAUCGCCGGUACGGACGUGGCUAAGGAAGCGUCAGAUAUCAUUCUGACUGACGAUAACUUCACUAGCAUCGUCAAGGCUGUCAUGUGGGGCCGCAAUGUCUAUGACAGCAUCUCCAAGUUCCUCCAGUUCCAGCUCACUGUCAACGUGGUGGCCGUCAUCGUGGCCUUCACUGGCGCCUGCAUCACACAGGACUCUCCUCUGAAAGCGGUGCAGAUGUUGUGGGUUAACCUGAUCAUGGACACCCUGGCUUCCCUGGCCCUAGCCACCGAGCCCCCCACUGAGUCCCUGUUGCUGAGGAAGCCGUACGGACGCAACAAGCCCCUGAUCUCUCGCACCAUGAUGAAGAACAUCCUGGGUCAUGCCGUCUACCAGCUCACAAUCAUCUUCACCCUCCUGUUCGCUGGAGAGAACAUCUUUAAUAUCGACAGUGGGCGCAACGCGCCCCUCCACUCGCCGCCCUCGGAGCACUACACCAUCGUGUUCAACGUGUUUGUCAUGAUGCAGCUGUUCAACGAGAUCAAUGCCAGGAAGAUCCACGGAGAGAGGAACGUUUUUGAGGCCAUUUACCGUAACCCCAUAUUCUGUAGUGUGGUCCUGGGAACCUUCGUCCUGCAGAUUGUCAUUGUCCAGGUUGGAGGGAAGCCCUUCUCCUGCACCGCUCUGACCAUCGACCAGUGGCUCUGGUGUGUGUUCAUCGGAGUGGGAGAGCUGCUUUGGGGACAGCUGAUCUCAGCCAUCCCCACCCACCACCUGAAGUUCCUAAAGGAGGCUGGCCACGGAACCCAUAAGGAGGAUGUCCCCGAAAACGAGAUGAACGAGGGGGACGAUGAGAUCGACCACGCUGAGAUGGAGCUCCGUAGGGGUCAGGUCCUCUGGUUCAGGGGCCUCAACCGCAUCCAGACUCAGAUGGACGUGGUCUAUACGUUCCAGACGGGUCAGGCUCCGGUCCCGGGGGCAUUGAGACGCCAGCCCUCAGUGGUCAGCCAGCACAACGACGCCAAAACAGUCUCUAGCCCCACCCACAUUAAGGUGGUAAAUGCGUUCCGUAGCUCUCUUUACCCGGGGCUAGAGAACCGAGAAUCAAAAAAUUCCAUCCAUAACUUCAUGGCCCACCCUGAGUUUGUUCCCCUGUCUGAGGAAGAGGCGCGGAUCCCUGACAUCGAUGAGAGCAGCAGUGAUGAGGUGGCGCUCCAGCACAUGCCCAGAUCCUUCUCUGGGGGGGCAGAAGCUCCAGACGUCAGCCACUAGGCCUCCUGCUGAUCACCUCCUCUCUUCUCCUCUCUUCCGUUGUGCUCUGUCCAUCUCCCCCUGUCGGCUGGCUGGUUACCCUCCUGCACUUCCUCUCUUCCACCACCAAGAGGACAAGCGGUGCGCCCCUCAUCCCACAGAGGGUACACCCAGAGCAGGCAAGGGGUCCCAGCGUCUCCCCCUCUUCACCUACUCCUCUUCCUCCGCCUCCUCUUCCCUCCACUUCCUGAACCCUACACCUACCUCUCACCUGCCCCACCCACCCACUUUGCCAUUCCCAUGGGCUGGCACUGAAUGUGGUGUGUAUGCCCUUUAAGUAUGUACAGCAGAGUGACAUGUAAACCAUCAAAUCACAUCGCGCCCCAAACUCAUGGGUGGGAGGGGCCAUGUGGGGUCCACCAAUCUGCUCUGUCAAAGGCUGUAGCCUGUCCUACUGUCCAUCUUUGGAGUUUUAAUAUCUUUUUUUUUGUCCUGUAACAUUUCAUUGUUUUAUUUUAACCUCAGAUAGCCCAGAACUGAAACACAACAUGUUUAUCCUUUUGUACGUGCUCAUUACACCCUGCAUACACUAACUGACACAGCACUUUUAGAGUAUAUCUAUGUGUACAUACAGUAUAUAUGCUUUAUAGGCUCUUCAACACAGCUCCAAGCUGAUUUGAUGAUCAGAUGAACAUGGGCCAUGUGAUUUAACAGUUUUCAGCUACUAAGUUUUGCCACUCCAUUUCUCAACCUGUGUUUUAACUGUACUGUGUGUAUGCAUUGGAUCUGUUUUGAAGCAUGAUGUACUAAUGGGUUAUGCAGUUCAACCCAGGAACCCAUGUCUUCAUUCAUUCUGAUAAACGACAUAUUUUCAAUGAUGAAGGUUCAACCGUCUAAACAUCUCUCACUUUAGUUUGGUUCUUCUGGGUCCAUUUCACAUGAUUUUAUUAUGAUUUCUCCUGUUUUUAUGGAAGGAAAGUACAAAGGAUGCUAGUCUAUAUUAACAAAAAAGUGAACUAUCUUAAAACAACACAUUGAAAGAAAAGCUAGCAGCAGGUUAGAGCCAGAGGGAACCACCUCUCUGUGGAGUGUGGGAUCAUAGCAAGACCAUGUGGGAAAAAGGGAGGGGCAUCUCCCUCAUCUGAUUAUCUCAUCCAAUCAGGGUUCUGGUUUUCCCUAGCCCGUUGAGAGGAAGUUGACAGCUUACGAUACUGCCUCAAUAUGGAGGAAGAAUAAGAACGUCCGUGUCUCCCUCUCUCGUAUGCAUAACGUAUUUGAUUCAUGUUUCAUGCUAAAUAUAAUGGGAAUUUAGAGAUGGUUUUAGGAGUCAUUAUUUGCCGGGGUUAGGACCUACCUUUUCCUGUGUAUAGACAGAAAUGGGAAGUUGUUCUUUCUUUAGUCUGUCAUUCCUUUUUUCCACACAUAAAAAAACAAAACAUGAAUACAUUCUGAUCUGUACCUUACCAAGGCGAAUGUACAACUCUUUUUUUCACUGUUGACGAAAGGGCGUUGGGCUACAGUGUAGCUGUUAGCUACAGCUUGACUGUGUGUGUCGUUAUCGAGUGUCACUGUGUCUGCUUCAGAGUGACAAAGAACUAUCGAUCUCUCCCACAAUGCCUCUGGGAGGUGCAACCAUUAGAGGCUGGCCUGCUAGCAUAGGGACACAACACAUCUCCACAUGUCCUCUAGGGUCAACCCACCUACCAACCAACCCACCAACCACAGAUAAUGGCCUAACAAGAAGAGGAAUACUCUAACCAGAAAAAAACGAUACAACCAGAGAUGUUGAUACAUGAGAACUCCUGUAUUCAGUGGUGCAUGUCGUUGUUUUAAAUGAUGGUACAGAGAGUUUAAACUUGGCUCCCACUCCGACCACCAACUCUGUGACAGAGAGUGUGACGCCCUCAACAGGAUAUGUGCUAUCGAUGUACUACUGCCAUAUUUUCAACCUUAUUUUCAUAUCUAGGUUACUUACUUGGAUAGAACCCUCUGAUGAUACACCUUUUCUACUUACUCAGAGCCAUAUUUUAUAGGUUGUUGUUGUUUUGUAACCCAUCGUUAUUGAGGAUUCAUUUCUAUUCCACUCUGACCCCAAAAUUGAUGGAUGCAAAACAACGUGUCACUGCCGAUAUAUGUGUCAUGGACUACAACAAUGUUUACAGAACAUAGUCUGCCUGCUGCCGUAAGCCUGCUGCCGUAAGCCUGCUGCCGUAAGCCUGCUGCCGUAAGCCUGCUGCCGUAAGCCUGCUCGCGCUGCGCCUCCCUCUUCUGGCUGGUCUCCUUGCUUAGUACAUCAUUAUUGGGAAGCUUUCUUGCAUGAUUUUCAUAUAAACUAAAUGUUUUGUUCAUUUUUUACAAUUCUUCUGUAUUUUUAUAUUUAGUAUUUUUUAAUAUUUUGGAAUAUAUAUGUAUAGGCUGAAGUGUUUUGGUGACAGUACAGUCCAUGAAUGAGAUGAAUCAACAGCAGAAUAUGUUUCUAUAUACAGUAUAUUUAUGCCACAUUUGUAAACCAUGAUUGGUUGUCCGAUGCUGGGGCUAAGGAAGCUAAAAUAAACUGUUUACUCACUGUAGGCCGUGCGAUUGGACAUACUCUUUCAGCAAUCUAGCCUUACCACCUCUUUCCCUUCACUAUAUACAGUCUUAAAGAGACCGUAGCUUAAAUUCUGCUUUUUCUCUCAGUAACUUAAAUCAAAUGAGGUCCCAAUGAAAGCGAGUCAAAUAGAACAUGGUAGUAAACCGAACAUUGAAGUAAUGUUAAAUUAAUUUGGAGUAUAUAUAUGAUUUUUAAUCUCUAUAUACAUAUAUUUAUUACAUGGGGUCUGUUCUUUCAGACUAAUAUGACUGCGAGUUUAAUUAUUUUUUGAGAGGAUCGGUGCACUUAGACAACUGGGUAGUGACUUUAGUCGACUUGUCGAAAAGUGGGCAUGAAUUUCGAUUUCAUCCAAAUCAAUCGUUAACCUUUUUUUAUUCUAAUGAUUUAGGAAACUGUUUAGAGUAGAACUGUUGAACCGGUAGUGACAUCACUGCCUCUUCCUGUUUGUGUCCGUAAACAGAAACAAGAUGCUUUUGCUGUGGUGUCCGUUACAUGCUGACCAAACCGGCUCUACACGUGCGUCAUCGUGCGCAUAUUGAUUUUGUCUAUCCCUACCAGACACGUUCAUGACACGUAGGUUAAAAUUCCAAAACCAACUUUUAAUUAAUAUAUUAAUUUGGGGACAGGUCGAAACACACAUGAAACAUUUGCUGUUGCUAGCUAAUUUGUCUGGGAGAUAAACAUUGGGUUGCUAUUUAGUUUUUUAAAGUUUUUUAUCUUUCCUUGUUCAUCUUUCUUAUGUGGAUUUUAUAUGGCUGUGUGGACCUUGUUCAUCUUUCAAUCACUCACGUGGGUAUAUGCUUGUAAAAACCAAUGAGUAGACGGUAAGGCGGGACUUACAGCGCAUUAAGCGUCUAAAAUAGAACCAAGUUCUAUUUUAGUGCCUGGCUAUGCAGACGCCCGUUGAUGCGCAUGAGCAGUUUGGAUUAAAUGAUUGAAUAACAUGUAUGUGGACAUUUAUUUUCCAACACACAAGCGGACAGUUUGGUCAGUAUGUUAGACAGAGACUCAUUUUCGGGACACAUUUUGGGGACUCGUUUUCAAUGGUAAAUCUUUCUUUUCUUCUGAGUUAAUCUAUUUGGAAGACUUCACUUCUACAUUGAAAAUACUGUGUAAAUAUUGCCAUAAGGAUGAUUUUGAACUUUGAACUCUAGGUAAUGAAAAGGGGGCAGUCAGUCAGUGAUCACCCAGCAUAGCUUUAAGAAUGUUCAGCCAAAGUCUUGUUUUGUACAAUCGCUGUUUUUUAUACUUUCUUUUUCUUUUUGACCAGAUUGUUUUAAACUAUUAUUGUCAGGUGAAUGUAUUUCCAUACUUUCCAUCUCCCCAAAAUAGCUAAUGUUGUUGCAUGUGAAUGUGGACAGAGAAUGCAAAGAACUUGAAGCGUCGCUAAGAUGUUCCUUCUUCUAUUGCCAUGGUUGUGCUGUUGUUGAUCUCUUAUUGAACUGGUUGCCCUUCCAUUCCAUAGGUGAGCAGAUACUCCAUCCGCUAGAAACACCCCGAUCUUUUGUUUGUUUGCUGUUUUGUUAUUAACCUUGGCACAACUGUACUACAGAAGCAGACCAACAGGUCGAUGUCUGAGGUGGAUGGCGAACUAAAGAACAGCCAGACAGUCCUGGCACAGUUUGGUUUCUCUGUUGGACAACUGCUUCUGACCAAUCUGUAAGACCUUUCCUCUUAUUCCACAUGUUUCAAUUAUGACUCAUGUAUGACAAAAUGAACAUGCUAAGGCAUUGGGCAAUAACUGUUGACUGUAAAGGACUACAUUGCUUCUUAGAUAGCUUUCUUUUCAUUGGGUUUGGGGGAUUUCUUCUGGGGCAGCUUCUCCGCAGUUGUAAAUAAAUAAAAAAAGGUUUAAAAACUGGAAUAUCA